GACAACGUCGACGUUCAAUUUUCUCGCUGCACUUAACUUCCCCUCCAUCAAACGUCCUCGUCUAUCCUGCCCAAGUCCGUUGCUCUUCUGGAUGUCUCUCAGCAAUUCAAGAGGCCGACUGAGGUGCGUACCCGUGGUUCUAGCCACCCCUUAGGCGCUGUAACAAGGGUGGUUGAGUAGAAAGGGUUUGCCACGACGUCGGUUUGACUGAAUUGUGAGGACUUGGACGUUCUCGUUCGUCGACCUCAGGCCGUCAUCCUUUCAGUCAACCAUGAGCCAUCUUCCACCUCCCCCGCCAAAUGCUGUACCUUAUGUCCCACCUCCACCUCCUCCACCUUCCACUCAUUCUGCAUAUGGAUUGCAGCAGCAUCAGUAUCCACCCCGAGAGGCCUACUCAUAUCCACCUCCCCCGCCAAACAACUAUCAAAAUGGCUACCACAAUCAUCAUCGGUCGUCUCCUCCAAGUCAUCAUCAACAAACAGCACGUGAUAGACCAGCGAAAUCGAAGAUGAUUGUCACUCGGUAUCCACGUCCACCAAACCAACAUCAGCAAUAUCCGGGACUCCCUCCACCACCAGGACCAUAUCACACCGCUCCACUACCACCACCUCCUCCUCCUCCAGCUGUCGCACCUUAUACACAGCAGAGUUGGGCUGGCACGCCAUCACAUGCAACAUCGCCUUCCGUUCAUCCACCACAGCCGGCGAGCUACGUUCCACCCCCAGCCCCGAAUCAGUAUACCGUCCCCCCACCUCAUCCUCAUCAGCCCUCUUAUUCUGGGUACAGCCAACAGCCUGGGCCAAAUUAUCUUCCUCCCCCCCCUCCUCCUCCACAAUCAUUCCCACCGCCACCUCCUGCACCGUCACCUGCACAUGUCGCUGCGGCGGGUCAGGGUUACCCGCCGCCACCACCUCCAACAGCACAUCCCUCGUGGAAUGCGCCGCAGCCACAAUAUCCACCUCAGCUUGCGUACUCUCCAAGCCCUACAGUGGCUAGUUAUCACAUCCCUGCCGCGACUCGAACGCCGGCUCAACCAUCCGCGAGCGUACCACCACCAGAGCCUGCGCCAACUCCGUCGGUAAAAACUGUAAUCAAAGAUCGGAGUGAUCCGACCUUCUACGAUGGAUGGGAUGAUGAAGAAUUUGAAUAUGCAAGCGCAUUCUGGAUACCUCCGAAGGGAGAUACAUCUCAUGAAGCCCUGAGCAUUGGUCAGUAUAUCUGGCACUCAGCUGUCCCAGUUUCCCGUGCCGUGUCAAUAGAUAUUGAUGAUCUUGUUUCGGUGGCUACUCCGCAAAGAUCCGAUCAAAAAACCCCUGUUAUACCUUCGAAGUACUUCGAGACUUUUGAAGACGAAGGAUAUGAAUACGUUCUCACAUUUCAAAGGAUUAAAGAUGUUGACGCUUGGGAGGAAAGAAAGGAUGACCCUCUUUUCAAGGUAUUUACGGACGUAGAACUACAUGAAGAUGUUGUUCCCACAGAUGAAGUUUUCCGACAAGUACUGUCACGACCCAAAGCAGACGAUCGGAAGGAUAUUAUGGACAAGCUAAUUGCAAACCUCGGAGCUUAUCUUAACGGCACAAAGGGUGGAAUAGGGAAAAAUGUUGAGACAGAAAAUAUCCUCGCAUCGCUAGGGGUAACGGGAACGGCGAAACCAGUAUUUGCAACUCCUUUUCCUGCCUACAAUCCGCCACCUGAGGAACCAACUAAAUCAAGGCCAUCGGGGGGUUCGACGCACACUAGGCGGGAGCGGAGUGCUAUGUUGUCCCAUCGCGGCAGUUUCAACCCGUUCAAGACCACGAGCAACAGUUCUAGGCACUCUUCCUCUCGAUCUAACAGUUACCCGCACUACCCACCUCCACCUGCUCCGCAGUCUUCUCUUUACCCUCGAUCCUCGAGCAAUUCAUAUCAAAGCUCGCCAAUGGAUCGCUCACCCAGCCAUAACCAACCUACUCCCCCAUCAACUGCACAUUACCCACCCCAGCUCCCCACAAUUAUCCCAUCUUCCCAUCAUUCACAGCCACCGCCUCAUCGUCCAAAUUCUGGAUUUGCAUCUGGUCAGCAUCCGCUCGGCCAUUGGUCACAUAAUUCCCCUUCUCGUGACUACAGGCACUCAAAUACAGAAUCUCCGUAUGAUGACCCUUGGAACUUGCAUAACGGACGUCAUGAAGGCACUCCUGCCGGCCCAGGAACUCCAAUCGGAUCCGACUUCGGAGACUCUCCCACCCAUGGCCAUGGAAGGAGCUCAAUGCCAAGGACACCAGUAGAAAGCCACAAUCAGAGGAAACGGCCUUUGGAGGACCCUGAAUCACAGCAUCGCAAGCGAAGCAAGCCCUUGGUUGAUUCCGCGUACGAGCGACGGUGGUAGGCAUUCAGGGUGAUGCUAACUUUCGUCUUCUGCGGCUGGUUUCCUUCCGUGCAGAUUUCAUGGCUUCAACAGGCAGCCUCUUCCAUUUCAGGACCGCGUUCAAGCUAGGCUUCAGAUAAGCCGGUGGGAUCUCGUCCUCUAUUCAUCUAAUGGAUCAACUUUUUUUUCUGCUUUCUUCCCUCAAUAUCCCGGUUGGAGUAAAAUGGUCUCUACAUCCUGCCCUUAACGGAAGUCCAUUCAUCCCAAGGAGUGGCAAGCAAUGCAUGUUUUCUUAUUUUUUUUUCUCGCCGCAUCACGCAUUUCCUGGCGUCAAGGGUAAGGAAAGAGGAAUACCACUGGAGUUUUUUUUUUUACUGCGUCAUAUUCACGAGAAUCGUUGGAAACGCUCCUCAUUGCACGGAAAAGUUUGCGCGUUUCACUGGGUGUAAUUUGUACACGCCUCAUAUCGAAAGCAUUUUUUUCACUUUCUGUCAUGUUCUUAUUCCAGCACUCCAAAUGAUCUAAUCAUUCUCAUUUUGGUACAAGAUACCCCGUAUCACGCGAAUCACAGACUAUUUCUUUUCUCAACGACACGCU